AUGUGGACAACCUCGAUCCCGGACGCAUACACGCUCUUCAUCCAUCCCCACGGCUUAUCUGAUAUCCGUCUGGAAACUCUGGGAUUUGACGACAGAUCGUGGACACCGCAGUGUCGAACCAGGCCGGAAAGACUAGCCAUGAUGUCAAAUUACAACGGCAACAACCAGAAACAGGGUAUGAUGAACGACGCAUAUGUCCCUGAAGAAGCCGAAUUCUGUUACCCCUGGUCAGAAUCGUCGCAUGGGGCAUCACCAUUCCAAUCCAAACCACAAGGAUCAUGUCAAUAUGCUGCCUGCAACGGCCUGGUGGACUUUUCUCGAAGACCGCAAUCAUGCUACAGCUUGGGCUCAUUGGACCAACCCGUGGACGAGAACCAGGGACUGUUCAUGUUCGACGGAGAGCCUACCUUUGUCGAAUCCUGCUUUGUACCAGAUCAGUCCUUUCACAGCGCCAUCUAUCCGAGCCAGGAGUCCCCCACCGUGAGCUCGAUCAUGACCUCCGAGGAUGACCACCCGUUUUGUAUGCCCCAUAUCGUCCUCCCCCCGUCCUGGACCACCGCAUCCUCCAUUCCAUAUUCCUCCAAGAUGCAGGCAAGUUCGUCAGACGGGACAGUAGCAGAUGCACCCAACCACGUGAACUACUGCUUUACGCCACAGAUUUCUCCAUCUGUCGAUGCCAACGGGCUGUUCAUCGUUGAGCCGUUCGAUGCUUCUUCCAUCCUACCCAUUAAAAAUCACAUCGACCGCGACCACCACAUCACCAGCCAGGUUCACCACUGGCUCGGCUUCCAGAACCAACGUCCGCUGGCAGAGCAGCAGAAAACGACAACGACCGCCAUAGCACCGCAGCCGCAGACCACCGAGACAGAGAGCGAUCACAAACCAGACACCAGCGGCGCCGACUCGGAGCGGGAAGAACACGAGCAGGACCCUUCCUCGCCCUGCACGGACACCCGCAACGCCUUCCUGAUCGACUGCAAGCGCCGCGGGAUGUCGUACAAGGACAUCAAGCGGCUGGGCGGGUUCCGCGAGGCCGAGUCCACGCUGCGCGGACGGUUCCGAACUCUCACCAAAGCCAAGGACCAGCGUGUACGAAAGCCCAAGUGGCAGGAGAGAGAUGUCCACCUGCUUUGCCAAGCAGUGGAUUCGUGCGAUCCAGGCUGCUACCGACGGUGUAUGUUGCGAGACCGGGCAAACCUGCCGAAGAUCUCAUGGAAGAGCGUUGCGCAGUACAUCUGGGCGAACGGGGGGUCGUACCAUUUCGGCAAUGCAACGUGUAAGAAGAAGUGGUACGAAAUUCACGGGGUGAGGAUGUGA